AAUAUUAGAAUUGUUAAAUCACGUUAUUUAUUUUCUAUUAUUAGUUAGGAUAUACGAUGCGCACUAGUACAAUUAUUUUAAGCUUCAUAUCACAUUUAGUGGCUAUCCUCGGUUCUAGUAUAAUACGUUAUACCUUGCUUGGAAUCCGUCCAAACAAUGUCGGUUUCGAUUGCACAAAUAUUUCUAUCAGGCACACACAGAAAACGGCAACGAUUAGUAAUAAAAAUUUAAAUAUUUUUUCUUUAAUUUUCCCGAUUUGUUUUGUUUCUGUGUACGAAAUAAUACUCUUCUUGUGGAGCUCCAGCCAAGAAUUGAACUGGCCGGGCUACAGCAAAACUCUCUUCCCUCUGCAACUCUUAAAGACAGUCGCUGUAUAUUUCACGGCGUUCAACGUGCAAGCCAUCAUAGGGGAUUUAAUGAAAUUAACGACGGGUGAACUCAGGCCGUAUUUUAUUGAAGUGUGCAUGCCGAAUGUCACCUGCUCGGAUCCGUCGAUCAGUUCGCAUUUUAUCAAUGAUUACGCAUGCCACGGAGAUCCGGCGAACGUUCGAGAUGCGAGGAUGUCAUUUCCGUCCGAUCACGCCUACUGCAUGACAAUGGCGAUGGUGUACAUUUGUCUGUAUGUCGAUAACAAGUUCUAUUGGGAUGCGAUUUUCAUCGGAAAGAUACUCUUCCAGUUUAUACUUGUUUCAUUAGCGAUAUUUGUCGGAAUAAGCAGCAGGGUAGACAAUCAACACCACUUCAUAGACGUCGCCGUCGGAAUCAUCUUGGGCACGGCGACUGCUUUUGCUGCUGUUAACGCUACGAACUUGUUUGGCCAAAACCUCAUCAUAAACCAAGCACGACCUUCACAACAUUCAAAGAGCACUCCAAUGCAUGCCGUAAAUUCGACUGGAACGUUGGACACAUCAAUAUCUUCAAUUGAUUAUUCACAAAGCAAUAUAAUGCAAUGAAAAGUA